AUGAACCCGAGCGAAGCUGUAGAUGCGGGUUUUCUUUCCAGACUCGAGGAACUUCGCCGUGUGAGCGCUUCUCGAGGUGGGGAUGUCAUUUCACUCGACGACGACGGGUUUACGGCUCAUGGGACAGAUGCAAAUCGCGUGAAGGGCGAAGCACGCCCGGGGCGUCGGCUUUGGGAUGCCGCCGCCGCGUUGAAGGGUGUCGUUCGGGAUGAAAUUCGCGCCGAGGUGGCCCGCGACAGCGUCGACGGCGCGGCGGCGAUUCCGCCUUUGCCCCCCCCCGGCUGGGCGGUCCAUCACAGCCCCGGGACGGGUUACUUCAGCCUCACGGCGACCCUCCCCUCAGGCGAUGCCCCCCACAGCCCGGACAACGGCCAACGCUAUCGCAGCAUCUACGAGGAACACCUCCGCCGGCUCGGGCCGCACAACCCCAGUCGACAAUCCUCCUCCUCUGACCUUUCCUGUCACACCUCUUCUGAUCCCUCCUGUCACACUUCCUCUUCGGCGCCGCUGUUACAAGGCAAAGUCCCGCGUUGGGGGGGGAGGGCUCCCUAUGAGGGGGGGCGUUCCUCCACGCAGUUGACCCUCUUCGCGCCCUUUCGGGUGCAGGAUCUUUCCCUUUACGACCCCACCGUCUCCAUCGGCGAGUGGGCGACCUUCGACGUGCUUGUGCGGAAGACCCCCCUGGGUGGGGGCCGGACGCCCGCUUUAGGAGGGUCUUCGAAGAAACACAGGGAGGCUUCUCUGGGAACGGAUCCCAACGUGAACCACGCGGAGGGGACUACUUUACGAGACCGAAAACAGGGGAUGCAUCCUUGUAGGCGUUCGUUGAUGAGCCAGCAGCGUGUUUGGGAUGAGCGGGAGGGCAUGUGGGUGCGCCUUGCUUUUGUCAACAGUGAGCUGCGAAUUCGUGGGGUGCAAUUUCUCUCCGCCCGUCUCGCCCGCGCGCUCGAGGAGUUCGCCGUGUUCGGCCACGGGGAUCCUUUUUUUAUUGAGCUACUUCGCCAAUUUAACGCUCUUCAAAUUCGUCGGGAGGAUUUCCCGCGAGGGAAGGGUACCCUUCGCAGCAGCGGAAGAAGACAAAACAUGGGGGAAGCGGGCGUCGGCGAGUACGACGCUCCGAUUGAUCGUUUCCGACAGCGACAACAGGAAUUAUCAGGGAGUAAUGAGGGGACCGCCAACACCUCCUAUUUAUCUUCCCCUUUUUCUUUAUUAGCCUCACCAGGGGAAAGGUUGCUGACAGAGUGCUGGAAUUAUACCGGGGACGUUGCCCGGACGCUAGCCUACGGCGGCCCGUAUCUCACCGAGCUCUCCAAGGAACUCAACGACGCCCUUUUAACCUAUAUCAUGGUAAAUCUUCAAAUUAAUCACCAAUUAGCGGAAUACGUCUGCCAAAUGCAAUUUUUUCUCGAGCAGGAAGAGUAUAUGGGGUGGCUUGCUCGCUGGCAGGUGAUGGCGGAAACCCUACAGCGAGCACCAUGCAAUCGUCCUCGGUGA